UUCGAAACACCAUUCGAUUUACAUACUUUCCAAUUACAGAUAUCCUUCAACGGUGUGUUGUGUAACUGUUUCGUAUUUAUAACAAUUCGCCGUAUCCCACGAAUGGCAAAUCCAUUUGGACGUAUUAAUUACGGAAGUAAACAGCUUCAGAGCUUCAAAAUAACGUUGAAGUCAGCGAUACUACUGAAGGUAUUUUUCAGCAAUAUUGAGGUAUUAAAAAAGGAAUCGUAUUACUGUGGUGCCUUUAUACUUGGAUGUUUCCAAUACAAUGUAUAUUCACAUGUUCUAUUAUCCUUUAACCGUUUCUGUGCAAUAUAUUUUCCUUUAUACUACGGGAAAAUUUUUACGCCUUUCUUAUUGGCCUUUCGCGAAGGAAAGAACCCGGAGAGAUUUGCUUUCGCACGCUUACUGAUACUUUUCAGAAUGCUGCUUUCGACUGGCCCUCCAUCUUUACUCCGCAGCACUUUCGAAAGUUUAUACUGUGACAUACCCUUUUGUACCAAUUUUUCUGAGAUCGGACCUGCAAGAAGUACAACACUUACCGGGAUCAAUCUUUUCUCCCAUUCCGCCAGAUUCCAGUAUUCGUGUUUGGUAAACAAUGUAGUCCGUUUGCAGGCAACUAUGAAACUGUCACUCAUUGUCCAGUUGAGUUUCCAAGGAGCACUUCCCAGGCAUUUCAGGCUCAGAAUAGGGUUACUGUCGUAA